UAUUAACGGGUUGGACCCGUUUCUCCUCGCUCUCGCUCGUAAGCUAGGCUCGGCCGCGAUCGCUUAAAACCCUAGUCGCCGUGAGAGACGACUCCGACGAUGAGGACGACGAAGGCGAACUUCAAGGAGGCACUAGAGUACUUGGCAUCAAUCGAUCCAAUCGAACUAUGCAAUGAAGCGAAAGUUGAACAUUGUCGAGCUACCAGAGAUCUGAGGAGCUGCGGUCGCCCCGUUCAACAUGUUCUUAGCUCCUGCGGGCAUGCAUCUUUGUGUGCCGAGUGCAGUCAGAGAUGUGAUUCUUGUCCUAUUUGUAGGGUUUCCAUUCCAAAUAGUGGGAAUAGGAUCAAGCUUCGCCUUUAUUAUAAAUGCAUUGAGGCAGGAUUGCUUUCUAAAAGAUUCGAUGAAAGGUUCCAUGAGAAGGAUGAUGGUGGUGGACAUGCGAUUGCCGAUAUACAGCGCUUGUAUCGUUUGUUUGAUGUUGCGCUAGAAAAUAAUCUGGUUUCUUUGGUUUGCCAUUAUGUUACGGAUGUUUGCAUGGAUGAGAAUGCUGUAUCGAGCGAUCCUGUACUUGCUUUUCUUUUGGAUGAAGUUGUGGUGAAGGAUUGGUGCAGGCAAACAUUUAUUGGCAUCAUUCACGAUCUUCGAGAAAAAUAUUGUCUUGGAGCAGAAGAAAUGAAAUCAAAGAUAUCUUUGUUCCAGAAGAUGACAUUAAAGCUAACAGGAAUUUCAAAUGUUCUCGAGGUUAUAGUUUCUUCCCUUAAUGGAACCUUUUUUGGGCCGAUGCAUGACAUGCAUUACCUGCUGGAGAGCAUAUUGAAGGCUAAGCAGCACCUGGAGAUAAUGAUUUGGUGUGUUCGACAUCAAUUCUUAGAGAACAUCCCGUCUCAGCAUGCUAAUUACACCUCAUGGAUUUUCCAUUUCCAUGAAAAGAAAGCAGCUGCAGUGAAGCGAGCGUGGCCUGACAUUUCAAGUUAUCCAGAAGUUUCUUCUGGGUCAAAAUCAGCACUCUUUAUUGAAGAAGCACUAUCAAAUCUAGGUAUAGGACACAACAUAGCUGAGGGAAUGGAAGAAGUUGACAUUUUUUGCCUGCGAGAUGAAAAUUCACCACUUUUACAGUCCGAGAUAGAUGAGGCCAAUAAGAACGAGGAACUCUAUCCUUUUGAAAAUGUGCGAGCUGCUACUGAUACUCUCUUUCUACACGGAACAUCAGAUAUGGUGGUUGCAAAACGUGCAAUAUUUUUAUAUUAUCUAUUUGACCGACAUUGGAGUACACCUGAUACGGAAUGGAGACAUUUAAUCAAUGAUUUUGCUGCGUCAUUCGAUAUAAGCAGACACUCAGUACUAGAAUCUUUAACAUAUUACCUUCUGGAUGAUCAUUCAGACCAGGCACUUCAGGAGGCCACUAAUCUUCUAUUAGAAAUUGCUGGUCUGGAGACACAUCCGAAGAUAGCACAAGUUUUAAUUGAACGUCAGCGUCCUGAUGUUGCACUGACCGUUUUAAGAUGUAGUGGGCGUGAUGGCUUCUCUGCCUAUCCAAAAUCUGAGCAUGACAGCCUCCUAUGCAUCAAUCUGAAAGAAGCAAUUACAGCUAUUCGCGUCAAUAUUGAGUGUGGUCUGUUAACAGAAUCCUUUAUGUAUCAAAGGGUGCACUGUUCAAAAGUGAAGGAAUUAGAAUUGAAAAAUAAAUCUUCUGAGGCAUUUUCCAGCAGUUCUAGAUCGAACUCUUGGAUAUAUCAUGUUGAGGUUUUGAUAACUGAAAUUUGCAACCUCUGUAUCAGAAUGAACCUGGUGGACAGAAUGAUUGAAUUGCCUUGGAACUCCGACGAAGAAAAAUUUCUCCAUAAGUCUCUCUUCGCGCAUGCCUGUCAAAACCCUGCUUCAAUAUAUGGCAGUCUACUUGUGGUGUUUUAUUUGCAGCGCUAUCGGUACAUAGAAGCAGAUCAAGUAGACUGUAAACUUCGGAGUUUGGAGCAGAACUUUACGGAGACUGCUAAUGAGGAUAUCAAAUGCAGGAUAAAUUCAAUAAGUCACUGGAGAACAGGAUUAGUUGAAAAGUGCCUAGAAUUGCUUCCUGAGGUGCAGAUACAAGAAGCAAGGGCUGGAAGGACUGCUGAUUUUGAUCUAUCUUCAUCCCACAAUGUGCCAAUGCAUUUUGAGUCAGAUUCCGUUAGUAUGCUAUCAAAUCAUGCUACCAUAUUGACUUCCUCAACUGCAAAGCCAUCUAUAUUUCUUCACGAGAGUACUAGAUCCUUUCCUUUUAGAAACCCUUCACAUGAUGUGAUGAAAAAUUUUACUAGCAGCAUGAAUAAUGCCCAUUUGGAGCCAGGCAAAAGGGCAUCAUCCAUUCUUCAGAACAGUUUUCUUUCUCCUUUGGGCGGUUCUUCCAGAAUGAAGUCUGUAGUUGGUGGAGUUUCUUUGGGUCCCUACAAUUGGAGCCGCUCUCCUCCAGAUGGUAUAACUUCUGAUAUCCAACGUCAUCAAUCUGCUGGCUUCUCACUCUCUGCUAGUUUUCAAUCUAAACCACAAAGUGUGGCCCUUAGAUCUCAGAAUGGCAAUCAGCUUCGUGCUGAAAGUGCUGUGAAACUAAAAAGUGUUGAAGAUUUCCAGUCAUGCAAUUUGAAAAUAACUACUGAAGAUCACAAUGAUCUGAUGGAUACUUCACUUAGUAAUGGGUUUUCAAAAAAGCCAACUCGUAAUCAGCAGCCAAAAGGGUAAGUGACAUUAGGAUUAU